GUAAUUUUCUUUAAAUUGUCAUCCCUGAAGAUGCUGACUGUUGUCCUACUCUCACUGUUUGCUGUAACAAGCUCUCUACCCACAAUUUACCAGUUUAAUGCUUGGAAACAGACUCAUGGCAAGGUCUACCAUCCUGAUGAGGAAACUAGCAGGAGGGAGAUUUUCGUAGACAACAUGAAGUUCAUUGCAGAGUACAAUGCUCGUGAAGACACCACAAUGGAACUCGGAAACAACGAAUAUUCUGAUCUGACCCAUGAAGAGUUUAGAACGAUGUUGACUGGAUCAGUUAAUGACACAAACGAAAUCAGAGCCUGGAUGGAAAAGGAGGCUGUUACUUUCCUUGCUCCAGAAAACUUUGAAGCUCCAUCAUCUGUUGAUUGGAGAUCGAAAGGUGCUGUCACUCCAAUAAAAAAUCAAGGACAGUGUGGAUCUUGCUAUUCGUUUUCAUCCACAGGAGCCAUUGAAGGACAGUGGUUCAGAAAGAACAAUGUUUUGAUCAGCCUUAGUGAACAACAAAUCAUGGACUGUUCUACUAGUUAUGGAAACAACGGUUGCAAUGGGGGACUGAUGACAAACAGUUUCCUAUAUGUUAAACAAGCGGGAGGUAUUGAGACCGAACAAUCUUAUCCUUAUGAGGCACAGGCAGGACAUUGCAGAUUCAAUACUGCAUACGUAGGAGCCAAAGUGAAAGGAUAUUCUAACGUUCCGACUUCAGAAAGCGCUCUCAAGACAGCAGUUGCUUCAACUGGCCCAAUUUCUGUAGCAAUUGAUGCUAGUCACAGAUCUCUUCAGUUUUACACAGGUGGAAUAUACUAUGAACCAGCUUGCAGCUCACAAAAUCUUGAUCAUGCAGUUAUGGCUGUUGGAUACUCCUCAAAUUCAAAGGGUGACUAUUGGAUUAUAAAGAAUUCUUGGGGAACUGGCUGGGGAUUAUCUGGUUACUUCUGGCUGAAACGAAACUUUUACAAUCACUGCGGAGUUGCUUCGAUGGCCAGUUUUCCUCUGGUUUAAACAAAUAGUUUUAGCUUUAAGAGUGAAACAAGUUAUGUAACAAUUACUGACAAUGCGGUAGUAUAAUUUAUUUAGUAUUUACCUUUUUAGUACACUAUUUUCAAAUGGGUCUAUCAAUUGAGUUCUUUAUAUGUUUUUAUUGCUUGAUUAAAUCUUCAGUACUUAAAA